AUCAACGCGACAGGACACAGAGAGCGGCCAAUAAAAAAACGAACGAACAAAAUUCAAUUAAAAGCAUUUUAAUAAAUCGAAUGAAUACAUAUCACAAUAAACUUUUAUCAAUGAAUUAAAAUACAAAAAAAAUGUUUACAAAUUGGCUAACUGGCACAACGGGUAGUUCCUCCUCCGCCUCAUCGAUAACGUCGUCCUCCGCCGGUACAAUAACAAAUCGUUUACAUGAAACGCCGGUUCAAACACCGAAUGGAUUAUCAUUGGCCGCCAGUGGUUUAAGUAGUGCAACUCUAAAUCCAAAUAUGCUAACAACGCCGCCCGAUGUUAUUCUGGAAGUGGGGCCCGGACCCACAACUAUGCGUUUCAUGGCCCACAGCAUAAUGCUGGGCAUGCAUAGCGGUUAUUUACGCUCCGCAAUACGGUUAGAUGAACGUAGCGCUGGUGCUGCACACUCUCAACACGGUGGAGAUUUCGUAGUGUAUUUAAGCAAUGUUACACCGGAACAAUUUGCCCCGCUCUUAUCCUACAUGUACACCGGAUAUUUGGAUUUAAAUGUGGAAAAUAUCUUUGGUGUCUUGUUGGCUACACAUGUCCUGCACAUGCCAAGAGCCUUGGAAAUUUGUAGGUGGGUUGGACAAUGAUUCAC